AUGUCCGGCGCCCGCUGCCGGACCCUGUACCCCUUCUCCGGGGAGCGGCACGGCCAGGGGCUGCGCUUCGCCGCGGGCGAGCUCCUCACGCUGCUGCAGGUCCCGGACGGCGGCUGGUGGGAAGGCGAGAAGGAGGACGGGCUCCGCGGCUGGUUCCCAGCGAGCUACGUGCAGUUGCUGGAGAAGCCUGGGAUGGUCCCCCCGCCGCCGGGAGAGGAGAGCCAGAGCGUCGUGCUGCCUCCCGGCUGGCAGAGCUACCUGUCCCCCCAGGGCCGGCGCUACUAUGUCAACACGACCACCAAUGAGACCACCUGGGAGCGCCCCAGCAGUUCUGGGAUCCCGGCCAGCCCUGGCACUCACAGGAGCCCUCUGCCUCCCACAGUGAAUGGAUACCACGCCUCAGGGACCCCAGCACACCCUCCUGAGACUGCCCACAUGAGUGUCCGAAAGCCCGCCUCCGAUCCCCAGAACCUGGGGUCCUCGUCACCGGGCAGAAAGCAGAGCAAGGAGAACACCAUCACGGUCAACUGUGUGACCUUCCCCCACCCGGACACGAUGCCGGAGCAGCAGCUGCUGAAACCAACCGAGUGGAGCUACUGCGACUACUUCUGGGCUGACAAGAAGGACCCCCAAGGCAAUGGCAACGUGGCUGGGUUUGAGUUGCUGCUUCAGAAACAGCUGAAGGGCAAGCAGAUGCAGAAGGAGAUGUCAGAAUUCAUCCGGGAGAGGAUAAAGAUUGAAGAAGAAUAUGCGAAGAACUUAGCUAAGCUCUCUCAGAACUCCUUGGCUGCACAGGAGGAAGGGUCCCUGGGAGAGGCGUGGGCGCAGGUGAAGAAGAGCCUAGCGGACGAGGCAGAGGUCCACCUCAAGUUCUCCGCCAAGCUCCACAGCGAGGUGGAGAAGCCCCUGAUGAACUUCCGUGAGAACUUCAAGAAAGACAUGAAGAAGUGUGACCACCACAUCGCCGACCUCCGCAAGCAGCUCGCCAGCCGCUACGCGGCCGUGGAGAAGGCCCGGAAAGCGCUCACGGAGCGGCAGCGGGACCUGGAGAUGAAGACCCAGCAGCUGGAGAUCAAGCUGAGCAACAAGACGGAGGAGGACAUCAAGAAGGCCCGGAGGAAGUCCACGCAGGCCGGAGAUGACCUCAUGCGCUGUGUGGACCUCUACAACCAGGCCCAGUCCAAGUGGUUUGAAGAGAUGGUGACCACCACGCUGGAGCUGGAGCGGCUGGAGGUGGAGCGAGUGGAGAUGAUCCGGCAGCACCUGUGCCAGUACACACAGCUGCGGCACGAGACAGACAUGUUCAACCAAAGCACAGUCGAGCCUGUGGACCAGCUACUUCGAAAAGUGGAUCCAGCCAAAGACAGGGAGCUGUGGGUCAGAGAGCACAAGACGGGCAACAUCCGCCCUGUGGACAUGGAGAUCUAG